CAACUUGCAAAUUAGUCUAAGUCCAACUUAUUCUACUGAUAGUCCAAUAAGCAUGUGCUACAUGCAUCAUAUCAAUCCAUGAGAUCUAUUGAUCUUCCCCUGCAAUUGCCUUAGCCGAUUAUAUUAGGAUACAAGUUGUCUUAGCUGAGGUUAAGUGUAGGGCCAUAUUGAACAGCACUGUAUACACCAUCAUCGCGUGUAUAUAUAGCCACAUUAAAGUAGGCACCAAUCAAGUACACACUUCUGACAAACCUGGUUAACCACACUGCCACAAAGCCAGGUGAUCGUCUCCCUUAAUUAGCUUCCACUAAUCUUUCCACAACUAUCUAGCACCGAUUAAGAACAGCAGCUAUCUUAAUCAGGGAGCUUGAGAUCUUAAUUAGGAAAUAAGGAGAUCAUGAAGAACAGCAGCAACAAGAGGUCACUAGUUGCUGAUCAAUGGCAUCCUUCUUCUGUUUGCUGCGACCACCGGGCGGCGUUGAGGGAGAUAGCCAAGGGGCAGUCUCUGGUGACGCAGCUCCGGGCCAUCGUGUUGCCGGCGCUUCACUCCGACGAGCGAUGCGACCUCGCUGCUCAGAUGUUGGAGGGCAUCCUCGACUGCUCGAGGAAGGCCGUCUCUCAGCUGCAGCUUCUGCUCUCUUCUCCACAUGAUGAUGAUGAUCAUCAUCAUGUUGAUGACAAAAGGAGAGUUAGGAAGAUCAUUUCCUCUUCUGAUGAUGAUGAUCACUGCAGCAGCAAGGCAGCUGAGGAUGACAACGCCAAGCCUCUUCGCCAACACAAGAGAAGGAGGUUUGGUGAUUCGGUGUCGCUUGAAACUCCAGUGCCACACUACGAUGGCCACCAAUGGAGGAAAUACGGGCAGAAGCACAUCAACAACUCCAAACACCCAAGGAGCUACUACAGAUGCACCUACAGGCAGGAAGAGAAGUGCAAGGCAACAAAGACGGUGCAGCAGCGAGAAGACCUGCACCACGCCAACAGCUACAAUGGCGAUCACCCCAUCAUGUACACGGUUGUCUACUACGGCCAGCAUACCUGCUGCAAGGGCCCUGCGGCAUUAGCUGAUGAUCAUGUCGUCGUCGAAGCAUCACAGAUUAGCACCGACAGCCAUUGCCAGAGUCCGAGCAGCAGCAGCGAUCUGCAGGCUGCGGAAGUACACGCCGGUAACAGCAGCCAGUGCAGCAACAUCUCCGUCACAUGUUCACCAUCAGUCGUCGUUGAGGAUUGCAAUAAGCUUCUUGACAUGAUGCCAGCUGCUGAUGAACUGACCGCUGAUGUCUUGUUGUUCGACAUGACUGCAUAUGCACCUUUAGAUUUGGAUAUCAACUGGGAAAUGGAUACAAAUGCUCUGUGGGUUUGAAAAGGUUUUGUAAUUAAACUGAUCUAUCUGUAACACGUCAACAAACGAGUUAAAUUUAUCUAUACCCUUUUGCAAGUACUGAAAA